GUGAGGUGUCCUCACAUGACAGCGGCCCAGAGGGAAAGAUGGCGGCGCAUCUGUCUUAUGGCCGGGUGAAUCUGAACGUCUUGCGAGAAGCAGCCAGGAAAGAGUUGCGGGAAUUUCUCGAUAGAUGUGCGGGAAGUAAGGCGAUUGUAUGGGACGAAUACCUAACGGGACCGUUUGGAUUGAUAGCGCAGUAUUCGCUCCUGAAGGAGCAUGAAGUGGAGAAGAUGUUCACACUUAAACCUGGCAGUCUUCCCCCGGCUGAUGUCAAAAAUAUCAUUUUCUUUGUGAGACCCAAAUUGGAAAUAAUGGACAUCAUUGCUGGGAAUGUGAAAAGUGAGGUGAAACAGCGUUCCCACCGGGAUUUCCACAUCCUCUUUGUCCCUCGCCGAAGCCUCUUGUGUGAACAGCGGCUUGAGGAGCAAGGAGUCCUGGGCUCGUUUAUCAACAUCGAUCAGUAUAUCCUGGACCUCAUACCUUAUGAUGGAGACCUCCUGUCCAUGGAGUCUGAAAGUGCAUUUCGGGAAUGCUAUUUGGAGAAUGACCAGACCAGCCUCUAUCAUGCGGCUAAAGGCCUUAUGACCUUGCAGGCGCUGUAUGGCACCAUUCCACAGAUCUACGGCAAAGGAGAAUGCGCCCGGCACGUGGCUAACAUGAUGUUAAGAAUGAAGCGAGAGUUUGCUGGGAGUCAGAAUCAGAUUUUGCCCGUUUUUGACACCUUGCUUCUUCUGGAUCGUAAUGUAGACUUGCUGACUCCUUUGGCUACACAGCUUACUUAUGAAGGACUGAUUGACGAAAUCUACGGUAUCACAAAUGGCUAUGCAAAGCUGCCCCCGGAGAAGUUUAUACAGAAGAAGCAGGGCGAGGGUGGAAAGGACCUUCCCACAGAGCCUAAGAAACUGCAGCUGAACUCUGCAGAGGAGCUGUAUGCCGAAAUCCGGGAUAAAAACUUCAACGCUGUAGGAGCGGUACUGAGCAAAAAAGCCAAGAUCAUCUCAGCAGCCUUCGAGGAAAGACACAAUGCCAAAACAGUGGGCGAGAUCAAGCAAUUUGUAUCGCAGCUUCCUCACAUGCAAGCAGCAAGGAGCUCCUUAGCAAACCAUACCUCCAUUGCCGAGCUAAUCAAAGACAUUACAACAUCGGAAGCCUUUUUCGAUAACCUGACUGUAGAACAAGAGUUCAUGACUGGUGUGGACACUGAUAAGGUGAACACCUACAUUGAAGACUGUAUUGCACAGAAGGAUCCCCUGAUAAAGAUCUUGCGUCUGGUGUGCAUGCAGUCUGUCUGUAACAAUGGGUUGAAGCAGAAAGUUCUGGAUUAUUACAAACGAGAAAUCUUACAAACUUAUGGGUAUGAACACAUCCUAACCCUUAAUAAUCUGGAGAAAGCUGGGCUGCUGAAGCUGCAAACCAAUGCAAGGAACAACUACCCAACUAUCAGGAAGACGCUCAAGCUGUGGAUGGACGAUGUCAAUGAACAGAACCCAAAUGACAUAUCGUAUGUGUACAGUGGCUAUGCUCCGCUUAGUGUGCGUUUGGCCCAGAUUCUCGUCAGGCCUGGCUGGCGUAGCAUUGAGGAGGUGUUAAAAAUGUUACCAGGACCUCACUUUGAGGAGAGGCAGCAGCUUCCAUCUGGACUGCACAAGAAACGAGAAAACAGAACGACGUUAAUUUUCUUUCUUGGGGGAGUAACGUAUGCAGAAAUUGCUGCUUUGCGGUUCCUGUCACAAAUGGAAGAAGGAGGCACGGAGUACAUCAUCGCCAGCACCAAACUGAUCAACGGGACCAGCUGGAUCAAGUCUUUAAUGGACAAAUUAGAAGCUCCACCCUUCUGAGGAAGGAAACAAAAAAAAAAAAACACAAGUGGACGGUAAAACCUUAAUGUUAAAAAAAAAACAAAAAAACCCGAAAGGAAUGUGUGGGUGCUGCGCCUUCACCUAAUGUACCUGUGCUAUUACUGUCUGUUUACGGAGGGGCCGCAUUCUGACAGGAGUGUAACCCGCACCCUCCUACUUGAAGAAAUGCAGAGAGGAAUCUGAAGCAGUGAUGCUCCGGCCACAGGUCUGAUGCGUUUUUUGGCUCUUGUUUAGAUGCAGUAUCCAUCAUUCUCCAUGUCUGGUAUGUCAUUGUCACCAUCUGAAAGGUGUAGCUCAAAUGUUGUGCCCAUUGGCACACAGUGGUGCUGUAUUUAGUUUGUUCCAUGGGUUCCUUUGCGAAAAUACACAUGUAACACCGCAUGCUGCUGCCAUUUGCUUCUGUAGGCCGCAAUAGUAAAGAAUUGAAUGUGAAUAUCAAUAAACGAGGACAGUUUGAUAAAGAAAAAAAUUGCUGAUACACCGAAAGCUGCUUACUAAAAUAUUCAAAAGCAUGAUGGCCACCAUUGCUGGCUAGUUGUCAGCGUAAGAAGGGCCUGACUUGUGCUGUCACGUAAGUAUUCUCUACUCAGCCUCUGAUCUCCUAAGGCCCACACUUUAUAUGCUACCCGGACCCCCUUGUGGGCACCAGUGCAGUCCUGUUGUAAUUGUUUACACAUAAUGGGGACUUUCUGUUGUAGGGCAAGGGGUUUAAGAAGCACGGGUAGAUAAAACUGAAGCGGGCGCUUUAUGGGUCACUUUCUGUUUGUCUGUUAAUCCCUAUCCUAUCUUCAGAUACUGUAAAUUUCACUUUGUUUGCUCAAAUACAAUUAACCCUACCAUGAAGAGAUUUGGCACUUUUGUUUUUUCUAUGGAAAUCCUGCUUUUGAAAAUAAAAUGAACAAUCGU